AUGGAGGGAGGCGAAUUCUUGAGGUCAUUCAAGCCAAUUGAGUACACUCACUGUAUCUCCGACCUCGGGAUACAUUCAAAUGCUAUGUUGCUUACAGAAGAUACACCCUUUUAUGAGAGCGAUGCUGAUUUAAGCUCUAGCCGGAACAUAAAAUGCUUGGAACACUGCUUCAAGAUGCGUGAUGCUAUUCAGACCUGCCCACAAGAAUUCAAAAGGCGGAUGUGGAGCGGAGCAGGCGGAGCGGAGGUGCGACGGCAGUUUCAUGGCGGACCGCCGCCCUCUCCCAAAGAUCUCCGGCGGUUGCAUCAUCGUCGCAUCUACAACAUCAACAACAACGCAGGACGCAUCAUCUACACCAGCUUCUCGUCGAUCCCACAAUCAACGAAGCAUGAGCACCUCCAUCCCCCGUCCACUGCCCCGAUCGACAUCCCACCCGCCGACCAAACGGUGCGGGUCUCCAUUAUCGACCAGUACAGCAGCCCACUUGAUAACACCAUCCACGAACUCACCUUCACCCUUGGCGCAAACAAUCCCAAAAUCUGCACCGCCCAUUUCCAAGCCCACAACUCCUUCAACAACGGAAAGCCUCUAGUAGACCUCCUCCACACCCCCGGCCGCACAGUCGCGCACACCUGCGCCCUCCCGCGUACCACCGCUAACCAGCUCGUCAACAUUCAUGCCCUCUCUCGAGGAGACUCGGCCCUCGCCCGUGCUCCGCGGAGUUGGCAUUCCCCAAAAGGUCCCGGCGAGUGGUUUGAGGCGGUUAAAUUGGGCGGCGAAGAAGCCGCGGACACAGUCGUUCUAGUGGCUCGCGCCGGAGUUGAAUCAUGACCUGGCGGAGGAGGAGUGGAUGACUGAGGGGUCGAUGAAGUUGGAUGCAAUGCCAGAAGCAUGUGGAUUCUUAUUGCGCAUGAUGCAUCGAUGAAGAAGGUCACUACCGUCGGGUGGGGCUCUUCCCCGAGAAACAAUUAAUGCGGUGGUUCGAGGAGAGCUGGAAGAAAGGUAAUCGAUGGAGGUUUCUGGGGAGGAUGUUGAGGUCAUGAUUAAAGAGGUUUCGUAGGGUGAUGGUCACUGGUUUUGGGGGUUGGUUCUGGAAAUAGCGAAGAUGAUUGGGUGUAGAGUACUGAGCACAUCGGCCUAUGUGUACUACAGUACUACCAUACAUGGAUACCUCGUACAGACCCCACGCAAAACUCUAUAG